UUCAGCUCCCAUAAUACCUGACCAUUGGAGAUUCUGGAAGUUGAAGGCUCAAACACCCAGAGGGCCACAGGUUGUGCAAGCCUGGCCUGGAUCAUCAUUUGGAUGCCACAAGCUAAUUUGUUUCCUAUGCCACAUUAUGUGGUUGUGUAGAUGGAGUUUCAAUGUUGGGGGAAAAGACAUAAUAUAGGUGAAAAAGCAACAAAGUUGCCUCCAUUGAUUUAGUAUGUGGUGGUGAUCUACUGAAUCUUCCUUACAAUUAUUUAUGGUUAGUAGUACCAAAUCUGCCUGAAACGUAGUGUCAUUCAGUCAUGUGUUGUGAGAUGGGAGGAGGAUCACAAUCCAUGCAGAACUUCAUAUGGAAUCAUGGCUAACAGCGUAGCAUGGCGCAAGAGUUUCCUGUGUGUCAGUGGCAUAUGAGUUCUACAACAAAACAAAACUACUUAUUAAUGUUGGUGAAGAAAAAGUUACUAAAAUUCACUAAAAUGACCUUGAAGAGAAAUGAAAAUGGUCCGAUCACAAAUCUAAGAGGCUCUUUUACUUGUUCUUGGGCUGUUGAAACCAUGUUGCUCAUGAAUUAUUGAUCCUAUGCAGAGCCGGCCCUAGGUAUUUUUCAAGUGUAGGCGAACAGAAUUUUGGCGCCCCCCCCCCAAAAGCAACCACUGAAAAAUAAAAGCGUUGGAUAAGCGAAAAUGUUGGAUAAUAAGGAGGUAUUAAGGAAAAGCCUAUUAAACAUCAAAUUACAUUAAGAUUUUACAAAUUAAGCACCAAAACAUCAUGUUUUACAACAAAUCAACAGAAAAAGCAGUCUCAACUGCGCCCCCGUAUGUUUUGCGCCCGAAGCGACCACUUAAUUCGCCUCAUUGUUGUACCGGCUCUGAUCCUAUGAUUAAAAAUACUUGGAAAAUCACAGGAGAUUGUAAGAAACACUUUUUCUUACAAGUCUGGGUGUGAGGAUGGGAGUAUAUCAGUUCAGAAUUGUCCCAGACCUUGAAGUUUCUGGGAUCAAAUCUGGAAUACAUUAAAAGGUUAAUCUGGGGUAUCAAAGCUACCAUAUCUCAUUUUGAUCCAGUCCUAAUUUUGCCAGCCCCUUUCUUACAUAUCAGAGAGUUUCUCCAACAGGAAGAAAAAGGAUCAGUUAUCUCUAGCCAGUUUCUCCUGUCCAGGGAUGGUGAGUCUCAAAUGUGAGAUUGGGCAACUUGUGGUCCUAGGGUUGUAGAGAAUCCCAGUGCCAGCUCAUUCAGAUUUUUGCAUACCUUUAAAAGCCAUCGACAUGUGUUAUCUCAUUGCCUAGACUUACAAGUGAAUAGCAGAGAGACAGACAGACAGACACUCAGAGAGGGGAGGAGAGAGAUUUACAAGGCAGUAGUGGAAAAGGAAGAGAAAGGGGCUCAGCAUGCCUUCAUUUGGCUCAGGCUAUUAACUUUAUCCUACUAAUCCCUUAUAGAUUACUUCCAAGGAGUGAUAGAGUGAAUCUACAUUGUAGAAUGAAUGAAAUUUGACAACAAUUUAAGUGCCAUGGCUCAGUGCUAUGGAAUCCUGAGAGUUGUAGCUUUACAAGUUCUUUUGUCUGUCAAACUGUGCUGGUGCCUUAACAAACCAAAAAUUCCUUAGCCUUGAAGUGGUGUCAAACUGCAUUAAUACUGCAGUGCAACUGCACCCAUAGACUCAUCGGGUUGGAGGGGCCCUCAUGGGCCAUUGAGUCCAACCCCUUGCUCAAUGUAACCUUGAUACUUACUGCCAGAUCAGUGUGUGUAGCCUUAACUAUUGUUUUUUGGUGGUCUGAUUCUUUGUUGUGUCAUACAAGAUGUAAGAAAACUAUAUAAAAUGUACUUUUUAUUUAUAAAAAAUAUUCCCAACAAAUUUCAAAACACACAAGAUUGAUUGUAUUGCUCUGGAAGCAGGAAUGGGAAUUAUUUGGCCAUGGUGAUGUUGUUGGAUUGCAGUUCCUAGUAGUGCAGGAAUGCUGAGUAUUACAAUCCAAAAACAUCUGAAGGGCUAUACAUUUCCAACUGCUGCUUACAGGCUCACUCUUGGACAUAUUUAUGACUAAACUAAAAACACACACAAACAGGGCUAUGUGUUUUAAGAUGUGUUUGGGUUACCUCUUCACCUAUGGUAAAAUUUAUGUCAGCAUAAAUUUCUACUCAUUGACUUUGGAGAAAGUACCCUUGAGCUUGAAGGAACUUGCAUCUAUCAAUGUGCAUAUAGGACUGAACUGCAAAAAAGGUUUUGAAGAAACUAGGAUUGUUUUAUACAGAAAUAUUUGAGAAUAUUGGAGAAUUAUUAAUUAGGAUAAAAGAAAUACAUAUAAUAAGUUGUUCAAAUCUGAUUUUUUGGCUGGGAAAUUUGUAAAAACAUCUUUAAAGAUCAAAUACCACCAUAUAACAAACACCACCAUAUAUUCACAUUUGUACCCCUCCCCAUGUCUCAUAUAUUUGCAAUAAAAUAUAUGGAAAAAACUAGUGAGACCAUGUGAGAACCAAUGAGCUGGGUGGAAAUAUAUAUGAUUGAUACUAGCACUGCAAGUUUAAUUGCCCAUCUCCUACAACCAGAUGUGUUGGACUAUAACUUCCUUUAUAUCUGGUCAUACUGUAGGAGAGAGAGGGCCAGAUUUGCUGAAACUAAUCUGGGACUUUAUGUAUCGGCUAUUACAGAUAGACUGACUUAAAAUGAGAAAACUCUAAAGUCAGGUUGCAACACAUUUAUCAUCUCUAGCAGAGUAAUUUUUUUCUAAAAAGUAUUUCUGGAGCGCUGUCCAAAAUAUGAAAAAAGUUAUUACAAAGAGAGUUGGUCCAUAUUUUUAAUUGUCACAAGCCAUUCCUCACGGAAAGUACAAUCACAAUGUGAAAAAUUAAAUUUAACAUGAAUAAUGGGAGAUGCCAUAGCAUGGGAAAGGAAAGCCUGCUUGGCAUGCAGAAUGUUUAUCUCUGGCCUGUCCAACUGCAACAGUAGAGAAGGGACCUCUGAUGGUUUGAGACACAAAGAAUGACUGUCAGGGAGAGUAGAAAAUGUGAGAUCUUUACCCAACAAUAUAGGGUAGCUAGCUUCAAAAGAGGAAUUGUAACCUUACGUGUUUCAUGCUUGGGUUGAGGCAAUAGUGAUGCCAUCUGCCAGUUUAAUGCUGCAUUACUGAUUGGUGUUUCAACUCCGCACUUACACACAUUAACAUGGCAUGGCAACAUCCCCAUAGUACUGCAAUCACCACAAGCCUACGAUCUCAGCUCUGUGUUUUCAUUUGACUCUUUUCAAUGGAGAUUGGAAUCUAUGCAGAUCCUACUCAGGGACGCUUUCACACUGCACAGUUACCGCACUAUGAUUCUGUGUUAACUGCCAUGGCUACAUGGGUUUGCAGUUUGGUCAAAGGCAUUACAGGAUCUCCCUGCCUGAGGAUUCCAAAAAGCCCUUUCAUCAGUCAAAAUCUCUGGAUUUCACUGGAUACAGACAUGGCAGAUAAAGUGGAAUCAUAAUACAUCAGAGUUACUAUUACCAGAUAAUGUGAAAGGUCUCAGCUUGUAUUUCACCAGAAUGUCUGAAUGCAUAGAAAUGCUUAUGUGGCUGGACUGUGUUUGUGUAUGCUGGCCUUGGUUACAAUAGCACAGAGAAACAGUUGUGGAUUUCAAUCUAAACUUUAAAGGAUCUGUAUAAAGUGAUGGACCCGAUGCUCCAAGUAGAUCCAGAACUCUGGAUAGAUCCUUUAAAGUUCAAACUGAAAUCCAAAACAGUUUUGCUGCCGCACUAACAUGGUCUUUUGCUACAGCCACCUUGUCUUAUUGUCAAGGAUAGGGAAUCUUGAGGAGUUUUACACUCCCUUACCAUGCUGCUUAGAGCCAUAAAUAAAAUGGCUGGGCAAUCUAAAACAUUCUAGGCUCAAUCAUUUCAAUGCUAUAAUGGAUUUGGUGGAGGCCCAAACUCACUUGAUAGAAGAUGGAGUGUUUCCAACCUUGUGCAUGAUCCCCUCUCAGAUGCCUUAUGAAGAGUGCUGACUAUAUCAAGUGGAGAGAUACCUAGAACACGGGGAAGACUGGGUUGUUAAGGGAAGAUAUAAGGGAGAAGGAGAGAAUAAAGGCAGCAUUUCUUCCUGUUGCCCUUGAACCAACGCUUUGCAUCUGUCUGGAUGAAUCCCAGCAAGCAAGGGUCCAUUCAGUAAGAGAGGCCUUUUUUGCCACAGAGAAGCAGCAUAUUCACUACAGAGCAGAGCCAGUUUUUAAUUACAGCUGUUUUUUCCAAGUCUCCUGUUGGCAGCUGACAUUUUGCAAUAAAAAAGAGGGGGAAAGAUGUAACCAAUGUUUGUGAUUGCAACAGAUUGGGAGCCCAAUGUUGCAGGGCAAAACUGGCCCCCAUCCGGUCCAACCUCAUCAUCAUAUUUGCCAUCAUGAGCAGAAUUUUGCUUGUUAAUAUGUGCAUUUUCUUUGCCACAUGUUAGUAUUCACGCUUGGAUGGUGAAGUUUGUAUUAAAACUGGGGCGAGAGCUCAUUCAACAAAGCUUUUGGAGAACAGGGCUUGCCAACUUAUUUUUAUUGGUCUCCUCUGGUGCAUUUUAAGAGCAGCCUGAUAUGGAGAAGAACUUUUCCUGGCAUGGAGAUGAACAGAUUGGGAAAAUUUGGCUUGCUACUUUUCCUCAUGCAAGGCUGCAGUUAACAAAUGGGAAGAAAGAGGGGCAGUGUUAGAAAGAGGCUGAGAGGACAGUAUUUUCCUUGCGAAGUUCCUAGGUCUUGGACACAAGUAGAACUGGUAUCCAACCUCUUUCCUCCUGCUGCUUAUAGUGUCUCUGAGAGCUUUAUCCAGACCUGUGUAGUUGUUUGUCUUAUUCUUAUACAGCCACUGUGAUAAAGUGUAUUGACCUAAGAUAUGCACAUGCACACACACACUCAUAUGUCAAUCAGACUUCCAAGAAUGCAUCAUCAGAUGCUUUUAAAAGAUGCAUGCCCAUGCAUAUUUUACUUUCAUGCACUAUAUAUUGGACAUUUCCUAGCAGCAGUCAUAAGGAAGAACAUCUUGCAAUGAAAUCUACUUGCCUUUUCUUUGGUUAGCAUGAGAGCCCUUUCUCAAACUUGCCUUGGCCCUUGCCUCUCAAGACUGACAGCUUGAAUGGCUUCCUUUUCUCUCUCCAAAAUAGUUAGAGCUAAUUUCUUUCCCUUGAAGUGUCUUAAAUUUUUUAUUAUUACCGCUGGUGCUUAAUCUUUGAAUUGAUGGAACUGAAGGUGCCUAUCAGGCUGUGAAAUAUUUAUUUAUUUUAUUUGAAAUGGAAGGCAGGCUGUGCUGUGGCAGCUGACAGCACAGGGACAGCAGGAGUUGCAAAGGGAAGAAGCAAUAUUGCUCCGCAGCAUCAUUUAAGAAUAUAAAAUUGUUCAAGGACAGCUGGUGUGGAACAAAGGGCAACAGGGACGUAAGGAGAGGGUUUUACUUAAACAUACGCAAAAGCAAAAAGGUAGGAGAUUAAAGGGUAAAUAACUAUUUCCUUCAAAGCUGGAUAAGAACAUUGUGUUUGUGUGUUUGUAUGUGGGGUGGGGGAGAUGUAUAAGUUUCAUUUUUAAAAACAAAAAUCCAAGGUUCUAGCUCAGUGAUUCUUUGCUUUGAAUUCCCAGAAGCUCCAAUCCACAUGAGUAAUGGUUAGGGAUUCUGAGAGGUGAAUUCCAAAGCAUCUACCACCAGAGAUAGGAAACCACCCCCUAAACCUUAUGAUUGAGACAGGUUUUGAAAUAUCCAGGUUUUUUUUGUCAUUUUCUCAUUUGCCUUCUCUGCGACGUGGCUGUAGCUACAUGUGGUAGAGGGUGUAGCAGAACAUGUGCUGUUUUUGCAAUUCCAAAACAAGUUGGCUUUUUUUAAAAAAACUAUUUUAAUUAGCUUUUGCAGGGAAGAACGGCAAGGAUUAAUUUCAUGGGAAGCAAAUGUACAUUUCUCAUGCAUUUUCUGUGAAAUUUUAAAAUCAUCACUCUUUGAUACUUCUUGCUGUUGUGCACACAUUAUGCCAUGGUCUAGCUGCCUGUCCACUACACUUACCUUAACAUGCCUUGUUCAGCUCACUCCUUUGGUAUGUAAAAUGCUCCUUCCAAAACCCUUGUCACCCUUUCCUUCCACUGCUCUGUCAAUGACACCCUCAGUCCCCAAUUUUGGCAUUUUGUAGAAAUGAUUGGUUGUUGGUUAAAAAAUAACCCAGCAGCUAAUAUGCAGAUUGCACCUGUUGGAUUGUAAAUAUCAUUGCAUGCAGAGGUGUCUGAGCAUUUUUUCAAAAUUCAGAACUCCAGACUGAUUAAAUAUCAAAGACUGUAGAGCCUGUUUAGGUUUUCUGAGUGCAGAUCGCAACACCACCUUUUCUUCCCUGCCUGAACAUUUCUUUUCCUGCCAUGUUUUAGUUCAGCUGUCACUCCAAAUUUCUUCAUGACUUUUUGUCCCACUUUAACUCAGCUCAUCUUAGGACUCCUUGGUGUUCUCAUCCUAUGUGACUUUGCUCUUUGCAUCCCCUUAUUUUUUGGCACACGAGAAAGGCCUUUUUGUUCCCUGGGUGGACUCCCAACCACCUUCCUCCCCCACCUGUCCUUUCCUGUGAUUGGUGCCACAGUUAAGAGCAGCCUUCAUCUCAUUUCUUCCAUUUUGUUCCUCGUCUCCCUUUAUUAGCCCCAACAUCCAUCUCAACACUUUUCAUUUCAGCAGCAGUCCGGCACGGUAAUUUUCUCGACAUUCACCUGGCAAGCCCCGUGUUCUGUACAAUGGCACUGGCUUAUGCAUUGUAUUGGCUCAAAAGAAAAAGGGAGAGCAAGAUUUGAGAUCAGGAGAGAUGGGGUUCAUUCCCGGUUCUUCCAGUGACCUUGAUUAGAUUGCAGAAGAGCAGGGAGAAAGGAAAGUGAAGGCCAGCUGGUCCAGCUUGUUUUACUGAGGUGGUGUCAUCUGCAGUUGCCCGUAGCACAGGUGGACAGAAGGUGGUGCUGGAUGUACUGCUAGAGCUGUGGAUAAAUCAGGAGUUUAGCUGUAGAGAGAAUGAGGAUAAUGAUCCCCUGUAAGAAUUCUACCCAUCUUGAAUUUUUUCUUCAGUUCUCAAAUUUCUAGCAUUGUAAGAGUGACGCUCUGAAAAUUGUUCACAUCUAUAACUCUUAUAUAUGCUGCGUUGAUACUCGCUUGGGAACCCUGCCUCCCCCUUUUCUUUGGAUGCCCAAACAAUGGCUUGCAGUCUGUUCAACAGUUAUUAGAUCAUCAACUGGACUUGCAAAAUUCGAACAGCUAAGGAUUUGCAUUUAUGAUCCUUCAUGACCAAAUGUCAUCCACAAAAUCUAUCUUUGCAGUGUGACAGCAUCUCAACCAAAGCAUUUCCAAGGCCCUGGAUAUUGAAAUAUUGAGAAAUGAUAUUUGUAAUGUGGUUCCAGUUGUGACUGGGAGAGCCCUGCAGACAUCUCCAGCAUCUUAGCAAUGCUGGGGGUUGGGGAGCUGCCAGGCUGUAAAAGUGGCAAUGGUGAUGGCAUCAUCAGAAGUAUCUGUAAUGUCAGGGCUCUGUCAUCAUAGUUACAUUGUUAUUUUCAAUGUUCAACUGAAUUAUCAAUUUCAGUGCUAAAAAGUUGUAAGGAAAUUUUCAUUUCAAGUGUAUGGAAUUCUUAGUGGGAGGACAAAGUUUUCAUUUUGCCCCCUUGAGCUAACCACUGGGCGGAUUCCCAGUAGAUCACCAAGACUCCAAAUAUAGCAGCAGCAGCAGCAACAACAACAACAACAGGCUGAGAGAGUGUAACUUGCCCAGGGCCAUCUGUAAUGGAAAGCCUUAUUUUAUUGGGGAUUUUUGUCUAUGUUAUUUAGUGGGGUUUAGUGGUAAAGGUGGGCAGGAGUUAGCUACUGCUGAUUGGCUAUGUGUUGCCAUGGUAACGUAGAUGCUUCUGUAGAAAUGUAACAAUUUUGAAGCUAGCAAGAAAGGGGCGGAGCUAGCUGGAUGAAAAAGGAGGGAAUGUUUUAAAAAAGAGUUAGUUAGGUUCAUGUUUUCAGUGAGGGAAGAUAGAGGAAAGACUUCUGGUUGUUCGGUUUAGUUUCUAACCGGCGAGCUAGAGGGGAGAAUAUAUGUGUUUAAGUGUGCGACUACUAAUGCUAUAUUAAAGUAUAAAAGGACUUGUUUAGGUCCUGGUUCCCAGCUGGGUAAAGCUGAGAGAAAGAAAUACCGUUGAGACAAAGUUUCAGUCAGGUUGUUGAUGUUAAUGAAUGAAAGAUAUUAUCUAUAUUAUAUACAAGUGAAACUGAAGAAGGAAACCUUUGCAACAAGUUAUGCUUAUUGGGCUAAAGAAACCAUAAAUAAAUAUUUCUUUGUUUUUAAUAAAGAUAGUGUUCUUGAUUGGUGAAUUGCUCUACAUAGUCAGUGAAAGAUUUGUCUCACAUUCUUCCGCUCAGUGUCACAUCAUCUCAUACAUGCGCACACACAUGCUCAAGUGUUUAUAGCUGGUAGUGGCUGGGAUCCUGAAAUAAGGAUCGCCCCCUAUCAUAGUGGGAUUUGAGAGGUCCCAUAUUUAAAAGGUGUGGCAAAGGUGUGGGAUAUUAAGAAAAAGAUUCCCGCAGCCUAGAUGUGAAGAGCUUUGGGCUGUGUGUGUCACAUUUAAUGGUUGUAGCUGUUGGGAUUUUGAAAAAGAGAUCCCCCCCCCCCCCGCCUGUUUGAGAAGCCUCUCUCAUGCCUUUUUGAAGUGAGCUUUGCACCAUCCAAUGGGUUUCUAUGGCUGAGAGGGAAUUUGAACUCUGGUCUCCAGAAUCAUAAUCCAACACUCAAACCAUUUUUGCUUGAAAUUCCUUUACUGCUUGGGAAAUCAAUGAAUCAGCUGUGUUAUCGUGUUCAAGAGAAAUGGCAUGACAGGACUUUUUCAUAUGCAUUUGAUCAUCAAAUUGCCUGGUGUGUGUGUGUAAAGAUUUUCCUUCAAAGUUAUUUUCUUAGCUUAGAGUUUGACUGUAGCUCUUGAAAGCAUUCCUUUUGGGCCAGUUGCUCACAAAAUUUGGAAUUAGAAGGAAUCAAUUCCUUUCCCAAUAGCAAAAGGGUACAGUCAUUUUUAUGAUUAUGUGUGAUGGGAAGAUAUAUCACCAAGUUAAAUUACCAGCUUCAUGUUGCUGCUGCCGCCACCUUAUUCUUGGUUGUGGUUGCUGAAGUGACAAUUAAGUGGUUGGGAGGAGAGGGUGUUUUGUAUACAUGGCUUGUGACAUUCAGAGAUAUAUUUUAAAAGUAACUAAAUUGCUGGUUUCAAGAAGCAGAGAAGAAAAAAUACUUUAAAAAUACUGCAUCUCACUACAUGGGAUCUUAGAACUUUAGCUACAACUAAUUGCUAAUGAAAAGUAAGUUUCUAAGCUGACUUUCACCAUCCAAAGUGUCUAUUUGUGACUGACUUUAAUAAUGCAAUACACGCCCAGUGUGUUUAAUAACUUUCAGUACAAUACUAUACCCUUAUUUUGUUUCCAGAGAUGUUAUAGGGAAGGGAUGCUAGUGUUUUUCUGGGCACUAGUUUCUGAUUGAUUUUUCCUACUUAUAUUUGAGCCAUUUUGCCUUUGAACUCUUAAUCAUUGCCUUAAAUGUUAUGCUUCAUUUGCUUUAUCAGCAGCACAGACAGCUUUUGUAUGGUGCCUUGGUCAUACUGCCAUGAUUAAGAGUGUGAGAAUCCUGCAGAGAGGAAAUUUCCAUUUUGUAAGGAGAAGCCUCCUGAUGGUCUCGUAUGUGGCACAAAAGGAAAAUGACAGGAAAAUGAGACGAAAUGACUGGUGUAAUUGAUAGCCAGGAAAGUGAGAACUGAGCAGGGACUCCAUGUUGGACAUGGGCAGAGCUCUGAGAAACACCCUGGUGCUGUCCAUGGUGCUGGGCUGUUCAGCUGUCCUGAUGGAUACUUUCUUGCCAAGCUCCAGGGAGCCAGUGGUGAAUGUGGCUGUGGUAUUUGGAGGCUCCGUGUACCCUCUCCACCUCCGCAACCGUCUGUCGCACCAAAGCUUCCUGGACAUGCCUCUGGAGAUCCAUCCAGUCACAGUGAUAGUGAACGACACCAACCCCAGUACUCUCUUGACCCAAAUCUGUGGCAUACUAUCCAGCACAAAGAUCCACGGGAUUGUCUUUGAGGACAACAUCGGCACAGAAGCUGUGGCACAGAUUCUUGACUUCAUCUCAUCCCAGACCCAUGUACCCAUCAUUAGUAUCAGUGGAGGAUCUGCUGUGGUCCUGACACCUAAGGAGCCUGGCUCUGCCUUUCUGCAACUGGGGGUCUCAAUUGAGCAGCAGAUACAGGUGAUCUUCAAAGUCUUGGAGGAAUAUGACUGGGGUUCCUUUGCAGUCAUCACCAGCCUAUAUCCAGGGUACACAGUAUUCUUGGAUGUCAUACGGUCCUUCACAGAUGCCAGCUAUUUUGGCUGGGAGAUCCAGGAUGUUUUGACUUUUGAGAUGACCCAAGAUGAAACUGACUCCAAAAUCCAAAGGUUGCUGCGUCAGGUCGAUGCUCAGGUGAUGAUUGUGUACUGCUCACGAGAGGAGGCUGAGUAUCUCUUUCAAAUGGCAGAGCAGGCUGGUUUGAUUGGGCCUGGCUACAUUUGGAUUGUGCCUAGUCUGGCAGUGGGUAACAUGGAUGUCCCGCCUACCUCUUUCCCUAUUGGCCUCAUCAGUGUGGUCACAGAGAGCUGGAAAAUGAGCCUGAGGCAAAAGGUCCGGGAUGGUGUGGCUAUUAUUGCCCUCGGAGCAGAGAGCUAUUUCAAAACCUAUGGCAACCUCCCCAUGGUGGGCAGAGACUGCAACAAGAACCCUCCUAGUGUACCUGCAAACAACAGUUUCUACAGGCACUUGCUCAAUGUGACCUGGGAAGGCAGAGAUUUCUCCUUCAAUGAAGGUGGCUACUUGGUGCGGCCGACCAUGGUGGUGAUUACUUUGAAUCGACAUCGGCUCUGGGAGAUGGUGGGGAAAUGGGAGAAGGGGAUCAUCCAGAUGAAAUACCCUGUGUGGCCACGCUAUGGAUCCUUUCUGCAGCCCAUGGCAGACAAUCGUCACCUCACAGUUGCCACUCUGGAGGAAAGACCUUUUGUGAUUGUGGAGAACACAGAUCCUUCCACAGGAGUCUGCGUCCGUAAUACUGUUCCUUGCCGGAAGCAGCCCAACCACACUGAGAGUGGAGAUGGACCUAUGGACCCCUAUACCAAGCUUUGCUGCAAAGGCUUUUGCAUUGAUAUCUUAAAGAAGCUGGCCAAGACGGUCAAAUUUUCCUAUGAUCUCUACCUGGUGACAAAUGGGAAACAUGGGAAAAUUGUGGAUGGUUUCUGGAAUGGCAUGAUUGGAGAGGUGUACUACAAGCGAGCAGACAUGGCCAUUGGAUCCCUUACCAUCAAUGAGGAGCGCUCCCAAAUUGUAGACUUCUCUGUACCCUUUGUGGAGACAGGGAUCAGUGUUAUGGUAGCCAGGAGCAAUGGGACAGUCUCACCGUCUGCUUUUUUAGAACCUUACAGCCCAGCCGUGUGGGUGAUGAUGUUUGUGAUGUGUCUCACUGUCGUUGCUAUCACAGUCUUCAUGUUUGAAUAUUUCAGUCCCGUUGGCUACAAUCAGAAUUUAACCAGUGGCAAAAAGUCUGGGGGACCUUCCUUCACGAUUGGCAAAUCAGUCUGGCUGUUGUGGGCUCUGGUUUUUAACAAUUCAGUCCCCAUUGAAAACCCCAAGGGAACCACUAGCAAAAUCAUGGUGCUCAUCUGGGCCUUCUUCGCUGUCAUCUUUCUGGCCAGCUACACUGCUAAUCUGGCAGCAUUCAUGAUCCAGGAGCAAUAUAUUGAUACUGUCUCUGGUCUGAGCGAUAAGAAGUUCCAGAAGCCCCAGGAUCAGUAUCCCCCAUUUCGAUUUGGAACAGUUCCCAACGGCAGCACAGAGAGGAAUAUCCGGAGCAAUUACCAUGACAUGCAUUCUCACAUGGUGAAAUACAACCAACGCUCAGUGGAGGAUGCCCUUGUCAGCCUCAAAAUGGGAAAGCUGGAUGCUUUUAUAUAUGAUGCUGCGGUGCUUAACUACAUGGCAGGCAAGGAUGAAGGCUGCAAACUGGUGACCAUUGGCAGUGGAAAAGUCUUUGCCACUACCGGCUAUGGCAUUGCCCUCCAGAAAGACUCCAAGUGGAAGAGGGCCAUUGAUUUAGCCCUUCUGCAGUUCCUGGGAGAUGGUGAAACCCAGAAACUGGAGACUGUGUGGCUGUCAGGAAUCUGCCAAAAUGAAAAGAAUGAAGUGAUGAGCAGCAAGCUAGACAUUGACAACAUGGCAGGAGUCUUCUACAUGCUGCUGGUGGCCAUGGGGCUGAGUCUCCUAGUUUUUGCCUGGGAGCACCUGGUGUACUGGAAACUGCGGCAUUCUGUACCCAAGUCUCACAAGCUCGAUUUCCUUCUAGCUAUAAGUAGGGGCAUCUAUAGUUGUUUUAAUGGAGUCCAGAAUCCAGAGAGCCCUGCUCGUGUUCACAAACCUGAUGUCACAGCUAAUUCUGCUCAAGCCAAUGUGCUAAAGAUGCUGCAAGCUGCCAAGAAUAUGGUGUCAACAGCGACUGUUGGGAAUUCAUUAGAGAAUGCUACACGUACCAUUGAGAACUGGUCAAACCGGAGUGAAAACCUCCAGACAACCUUCUCCUUAAGGACUCCUCAGCUUGUUGUUCAAAACACCAGUGGCCCUAGCAGAUCUGCUCACUCCUCCAGUGCAACUGCAGAAGUAAGUGAGAAACUUGGGAGACCAAAUCAACCAUCGCCUCCUACAGCCCAACAAACGUUGGUGUCAGCCAGUGAAAACUGGAGUGGGACAGUUGAGCGGCCGCAGAUAAUUCAUCCACUGAAGUAUCGAGGCAAUUAUUCUGAAGAUAAGAUCCUUCCAGGUUCUACUGUGAAUAGUUCUCCACAUUACUUGGUAAGAUCCACACCUCAGGCACCUUUCAGAAACCAUGUGCCCCUUGGAAACCAUCUUAGUGCUGCCUCCCACUCCCCUGUGAGGUCUCCCAGGGAGGUGCCUCCACCUGAGCAGAAGUAUAAGCUUCCUGUGGCCAGAGGGCAAGGGAAGGAAAGAUUCCACCGCAAUGUUCACCUGGUGUAUGGAGAAGAUGGGCAUGAUAGCUCUUCAACUCAAGUAACAAGGCCAGCUUCUACUUCUGAGAAAAGAAAGGAGUUGGAAAGUCACAUCUUGUCUCAUGCCUGUGUGCACAAUUCCUUUCCAAGGCCUGACAGGACUUCCAGACCCUUUGGGUACAAAGACUCUGACACAGAAGAUCUCAGGAGAGAGAAGCAGCACCACAGGGCUAAUCUCCCAAGAUCAUCCUGGGAACAGCAUGAAAGACCCAAGUCUCUUAACCUCUGGAAACAUCGUGGAAAAUCUUAUGUCUGUGAGGAUGUGCCAGACCUCUUCCCCCAAGCUAACCUGGCUCCAAAACCAGCAACUGUGCCUGGAAUCCACCGUGGAUUCCAUCACUAUCCUCCCGAUGCCCUUAGACCAAGCUACACAUGCAACAGGAAGUAUAUGGAGUCCAAUGGCCUAUCAUGGAAGGACCAACAGUUAUUGCACUCACAGUCUACAAAGCUCCCCUCAUACCGGGAGGCCUGCCUACAAAACACCCCGGGCAUGCACAGGGCUUCUUCUACAGUGGUGCACAAGCAGUAUGCCUACAUGAACUCUUACACAAAUCUGCCUAUUUACUGGGGGCGCCUUUACCAGGGCUCUCCUCCAUUGUGUGAACAGUCCAGUGCAAGCCGGCACUGCUUCACUCGAGCCCCAUGGUCCCCUUGCAACAGGGAUUUCUUGGUCCAUGAGAAUGGCCAGAGGACCAUGUACUUUGGUAGCACUUACAAAGACUGCAGGGACCGGAGCAGGGUAGACCCAAACUUGCUUCAAAUGGAGAGAAGGGACCUCCUGACCACCCAGAGGAUGCCAAGCCCAUAUCCAUCGAGAUCCUGGAGGCGUGUAUCCAGCCUAGAGUCUGAAGUCUGAUAGUGGAAAGGGCGCUGGUGGCAGUGGAGGAAGAUGCAGGUCUGUUGAUUUGCAACUAUCUUUCUCAUUGGUUGGAAACCAUUCAUCUGGGACCAAUCCUAAGGAAUGGCCUCAGCAUGAGCAAGUGGUGGAGGAUCCUGCUUGUCAGUCUGCUUCUUCCUGUAAUACUGGUAUGUAUCAACAGAAAGCUGUUUUUCUCUUCUGUACUAACCUGCAUCAUUGCAAGAGCAAGUGACCUUUCUUCUUUAUCUAUUGAUGGACCAAGAGCAAAGCAGCAGUCGCUAAAGGCACUUUAACAUGAACUCUGUUCCCAAGUCUUCCAUUGUUGAGCAUUGGGACACUAAUCACACAUGCAAGAAAACUCCCAUGAUGGUGUUUCACUGUUCCGCUGCCUCUGUGGAUAGCUUAAGAAAUAGCAGUUUCAAUGUCAACCAUUCACAUUUCAGUGCCAGUAUAUCUUUCAGAGCAUGCAGGAAAUACCAACAACCUCCUAAUGAGAAUUAGGAUUGUUUUGCUUUUUCAUAUGCACUGAUAAGCAAUGGGGAUGCUAUAAAGGACUUAACAGGCUCAUAGUAUGGCAUUUUUAGUGUUUUACAUUACCUUCUGGUUCCUCAUAAAGAGCCCAAGAUGCCAAACAGAGGUUAUUAAAGACACACUUCUAAACAUGUA